ACUUCUGUGGAGUGCAGAGUAGCUGGGAUUUUAUAACCUACGAUAUAGAGAAAGAGAGAUAUUUUGCAAUACUCGUAGAGAGUGUAUAAUGUACUUCUUUUGUACAAAAGUUUAAUAGGAGUGAAAAUCUAACAGUUUCUAGACAAGUAUUCUCGACAUUACAUACACCACUUUGUUCUCCAACCUUUUGUUUCACGACGAUCAUUUUGUGGUUGCGUUCUGUUGGACUCUGAGUGUGUUGAUCUGUUUCCAGCUGAAAAUUAUUCACGGUAGAAACUGGAGGAGAGACUGUAUAGGGGAGAGAGAUAGAGAAAAAGCGAGAGCGAGGGAGAGAGAGAGAGAGAGAGAGAGUUGAUAUACUAAAAAGUUCAAAGGAUAGGAGAGUCCGGGUAAGAUUUCCCGUUGAGGCAGAAAUUAGUUUGUUGGCAGAUGCCAUGAAAUCCUGAUUGUGAAGUUGAAAAAUAUAUCCAGAGUGAAGAGAAAGAGUUGGACGGAAAGAGAGGAAGAUCCAAGAAGAACACCAGCCACGGAGGGCUUGUUAAAGAUAAAUAAAUUCCAAUUGUUGGGUGUUAAACUUCAGUGUGUGAAUCGCAGUGAAGUUCCAAGUAUGGUGGAUGGAUAAACAAGAAAAAAAAUAGUACGGGAAAGAAAUUGAGAGAGCGCGAGCAUAUUAUCAUUGUGUGAUAAAUGCGUGGUUACCAUCGCAACGAAUUUAUUGUCUUCAGUUCUUUCGGAUAGUUGUGUAUGGUGUCUAAACUCUGGCGAGCCUUGAAAUUCAUCUGCAUCAUCGGCAUUCAUGAGAGUGUGAAACGCACCCUCCCAUUAGAGAUUUUGGCGGGGGGAAGGAAAGUGGGUGAGGAGAAGAACUUCAAUCAGAGUGUGUGUGCGGUGAUCCUCAGCAAUAGACAGUUCAUUCUUCAGCUGGUAAUUUUCAACAAUUAAGUCACUUUUGACACUUUGGUGAGUCCACAAGGCGCAGUGAAGAGGAAUUACUGGUCCUGCUUUGGUUGAUGAGAGAGAAAGAGAAUAUAUAUACAUAUACAUUUUGAUAUUGUGUGUGAAGAAACUCGAUCUAGAACGACCGGCGUGAAGAGCAAGUGAGAGUGCUAAAUAAGUUGUUUCAAGUGCAAUUGCCAACUACAUAAAGCGCAUUAAAGUGGUCACUGAGGAGCAAAGAUACAGUAAUUUGCACUUUUGGAUUACGGAAGACAGAGAAGGCAGCAAUUUGUUGCGGUCACUGGGGAUGAAACUCCUUCAGGAGUUUGUAUUUGCUACACCGGAUGUUGGUGAUGAUAUAGUGACGCCAGAAAUGAUCACCACAUCUGCCGCAAAGAAGUUGUGGGAGAAAGGAGGUCCUGGCGAUAUGAAAAUUCCAAGUGCAACGAGUGGGCCGUUGGCGCCGCUGCAGCUCCACGGUGGGCCUGAGCAUCAGGUGUGGCGCGACUCCACAUGGUCUACCCAGGGUGAAAUAUUGACACCGCGAAGGACAUUUCAGCAGGCACCGGAGACCAACUCCACUGGAAGUACUGGCAUUCUCAGUCCGCGCGAUUCAACUGGUGGCUUAGGUGUAAAAAUGGUAGAAUAUGUGCUUGGUGGUUCGCCCACCAACAAGGAGAGUCCUCUUGCGAGCUUGGAACCACGUUUGAGGAGUUUAAAAUUUGAUGAUUCUGACAAGUCGACAGACGAUAAGGAGAAGACAAAUUCGCCGUUUGACGCGAAUGGCAUCAAGAAGGAGGAUCAAGUGAACUCUUCAAAUGGAGUUGUCGUGAAUGGUAUAGAUGAUGACAAAGGAUUUAAUCGAACUCCCGGAUCGCGACAGCCAUCUCCGGCCGAGGAGGCUCUGACGCGCCCGAGUGGUCUCUUGGAUCCGACCGGUCAAGUGGGCUCGGCGUAUCCACAGUUGCCUCUGCAGCAUAUGCUCGGCGCGAGUGAUCCACAGGGUGUUGGCCAACUCAAUUCGUACCAUCAUGCGGCCCAAUUGGCAGCGAUGAAUCAAAUGCAAGGGCCAGUUAUGAAUGGCGUCAGUGGAAUGCAUCAAGUUGCACAGAAUUUCCAGCAGAACCAGAUGGUGAACCAGCAACAAGGGCCCAAUCAAUUGGACACGUCGGCCAAUCUGCUGCAGCAGCAGCAUAAUUUUGAUGUACAGCAACUCUUCCGCAGUCAGAAUCCUGGCCUUGCCACAAGUGCAACGGCGCCUGGGGCGCCAAGUGGCGCCCCGUUGCCGCAACAUCUGCCACAAUUUCUGGCACAGCAGAAUGCCUAUGCAGCCCAACAGGCCACCCCAUAUGUGAUCAAUCCCGGACAGGAGGCUGCCCCCUACAUGGGGCUCAUUGCGGCCGGAAUGCAUCAGUACUAUGGUGUGGCCACGGCACCUUGGGGCGUGUAUCCGGCGAAUCUCAUCCCCCAGCAAGGAUCACAGCCGCGGAGGCCGCUCACGCCGUCACAGCAGGGCGCCGAAAAUCAACCGUACCAGGUAAUUUCGGCAUUUUACGAUCAGAGUGGCUCGUUGAUGAUGGGCCCGCGUACUGGUACGCCCAUGCGACUGGUGAGUCCAGCUCCUGUUCUUGUGCCUUCUGGAGCCCGAGCUCCUCAGGCGCCCCCAAUCUACCCGCCUCAGCCUCAAACAGCACAGCAGAAUUUAUACUCGGCCCAGAAUGGUUCAAGUGUUGGAGGUGGCGGGUUGUUCGCACCCCAAGCGUUCAGCGGCGGUCUUGGUACCUUGGGGAGUCCUGCACAACCCACAGGUAGUCUGAACACAUCUUUGACUGCGCGAAGGGACUCUUUUGAUCGAAAUACAUCUGCAUUCAGUCCCUCAUCGCUGGAUUACUCCACAUCGACUGUGGCGCGAAAUGCUGCGGCUGCCAAGUGGCCUGUGGGCAAUUACGGGGCUCUGGGCACAGUCACCGCCGCGUCGGCUAGCCCCCAUGGCGCCCCCAUCACCCCACCGCCGUCGGGCAUCGGAGGAUUAGUGACGAAUCGCGCUCCAGGAGCUGAAACCAAGUACCGGAAUGUGAAUCAACUGGCACCACUGUCGACUGCGAACAAUAUUUUCGGCUCCAACAACUCGAUAUUCUCAAAGUUGUCGGGUGCCGUAGUUCGGACGCCAGCUGCGCCACUGGAUCGCCAGCCUGGACGGUCGCGCCUGCUAGAGGACUUUAGGAACCAGCGAUUCCCAAAUCUGCAGCUGCGAGACUUGGCAAAUCAUAUUGUGGAAUUCUCACAGGAUCAGCAUGGCUCACGUUUUAUUCAGCAGAAGCUCGAACGCGCCACGGCCACUGAGAAGCAACUCGUGUUCCAGGAGAUUCUCGGAUCUGCCUACAGCCUGAUGACUGACGUGUUUGGGAAUUAUGUGAUCCAAAAGUUCUUCGAAUAUGGCACACCGGAACAGAAGUCCACGUUGGCGCAGCAAGUGAAGGGUCACGUGUUGCCGUUGGCGCUCCAGAUGUACGGCUGUCGUGUCAUUCAGAAGGCACUCGAGAGUAUCCCGCCUGAGCAGCAGCAGGAGAUUGUUCGUGAACUGGAUGGACACGUGCUUAAGUGCGUCAAGGAUCAGAAUGGCAAUCACGUGGUGCAGAAAUGCAUUGAAUGCGUGGAGCCGGGCGCCCUUCAGUUCAUCAUCAACGCAUUCCAGGGACAGGUGUAUGCCUUAAGCACUCAUCCUUACGGGUGUCGUGUGAUUCAGCGUAUAUUGGAGCACUGCACGGCCGAUCAGACGGCUCCAAUUUUGUCCGAAUUGCACACGCACACGAAUCAAUUGAUUGAGGAUCAGUAUGGAAACUACGUCAUUCAACACGUUCUGGAGCAUGGGAAGCCAGAGGACAAGUCCGUUCUCAUAGGGAGUGUGCGGGGAAAAGUUCUGGUUCUGUCGCAGCACAAGUUUGCAUCAAAUGUCGUGGAGAAGUGUGUAACACAUGCCACGAGAGCUGAGAGAGCUCUGCUAAUUGAAGAGGUUUGCUCCUUCAAUGAUGGUGCACUUCACAUUAUGAUGAAGGACCAGUACGCAAACUACGUGGUCCAGAAGAUGAUUGAUGUGUCCGAGCCGACACAGAGGAAGACCCUUAUGCACAAGAUCAAGCCGCAUAUGGGAUCCCUCAGGAAGUAUACCUACGGGAAGCAUAUUAUAUCGAAGCUGGAGAAGUUCUUCUUGAAAACAUCAAAUGCCGUUGGGAGCUCACUGACGGGCAACUUGGAGGGACUGGGCCCUAUUGGACCGCCCAGCAAUGGUGUCCUGUAAGGAGGAGAACAGAAGGAGCAACUGAAUAUUUUCGUAAUAAUUCUUUAGCGUAUGAUUUUUUACGUGUCUUUUAAGUUUUUUAUAAAAACAUCUAUACAUGAGGACAUAUUUAAGGAGAUAUAAUAUUGAAUGAAAUCCAGAGAUGCAAAAAAAAGCAAAACAAGGGAUAAAUUUUGUUUAUCCAUCACUUCUCAUAUUUUUUUGUGUUUAAUUUACAUAACAUAGAAUGUAUUUUAGAGAAUUUACAUUUUCUUCUCGUCUUAUGUUUCGAAGACUUUUUUUCUGUUCAAAUGCAGUAAUUUCUACUUUUUUCCUACUAGCCUAGGUAUUAUGUAUAUUUUUAUACUUUUUUCCGUUGUAGUCUUAAAGUCGAAUACUUUCCUGCAUAUUAGUAACGAUGAAAGUGAACAGAAAUCUCUGUGUUGAUAAAAAGAACACUUUCUUUAAUCCGAUGAUGACAAUUAUGAUGAGAAAAAUAUGUUUUUUUUUUCUUUUCUUUUCGCUUGAUAAUAUGAUAAAAUGGAAACGAUGGAUAUUGAAUGAAGAAGAAAAAGGAAGAAAAAAAAACAUUUACAAUGCUAUACAUAAACAUACAUAUUGAAUGUAAAUCAUAUAUUGCGAAUAUCUGUAUCUAUUUAAUGUAUUAUAGUACAGUUCUUUGUAAUUUUUCACAUGAAGACUUUAUUCCAUAUUUAUAUAUUUUUCUUUAUUUUUUUCCCUCAGAAAGUAUAUAAUUCACAGAAGAAUGAAUUCAAAAUAUUCUGAAAAGAAAUCUAAGUAUUUUUGUAAUUGUGUAAAUUUGUGUAAUUUUGAAUGGAAAAAAGUGUGGUAAUAUGAGAAGCAGAAAAACGAUUAGAUCCUCUAUUUUUAUUGGCUUAAUUAGUAGUGAUGACAAAGAGGAGUUAAUUGAUUGGAGUAUUGAAGAGGAUAUGGACGUAAUGUAGUUAGAAAGUGGAGUCUCCGCAGAGGAGAGCACAUUUUGGGAGUAGAUGAAGUGAGAAGUAUUUGAAUAGACCCUCAGGAGGAGAGUCUUUUUGAAACGAUGAGGGUGAUUUCACUGUUGGAAAAUACGACUUUUUAAUGCUGUCGCUUCAUGAUGAAUUUUCCCUUGAGCGACAGUAUUGCUUUUCCUGAAAGAGAUGUAGAGAGAGAGAGAGAAAAAACAUCCACAGUGGCAUUUUGAUCUCGAGAUGCAGUGGAACUCCUUCAGCAGAGGCAGAUCUGAUGGGGAGAAGCCACACACUCGGAGAUGUAUUGCUUAGGAAUUAUCAUUAAGAUGAAUAUUCAUGUAGUAGAAUUUUUGUGUAUAUGGAGCCAGUCAAUGUGAGUUUUUACUUGAAAGAAGGACAACAUAUUAUUUUGUGCAAAUGAAAUAAAAAAUAAAGAAAUGGAAAUAAAUCUCGAGAUUGAAGAAGAACCCGACUUGUGAAUUGAUUGAAAAAAAAGGUAAAAAGAAGAAGGAAUAAAAUUGCCAAAGUUCCAAGGACAGCACAAAAAAAAUGUUUGUAUCAAAAUGACGUAAAUUAUUUUAAAUAUAAAAUAAAUAAUUAAAAUAAUGAUGAUGAGGAGGAAAUGUGUGGCCCAUAAAAUCAAACCAACAAGAGAAAAAAAAACGAGAUAAAGAAGAAAACACGUUUGAAAAAUUAAGAAACAAAAAAAUCAAAUCUACUAUGGAAGCUGGCAUAGGGAUCACAAAAACGCUCUCUUAUAAAUAAAGAAUAAUGAAAAAAAAAUUAAAAAAACAAACGAAACACUUAAAUAAUUAAUAAAUUAACUGAUAAAAGAUGAUUUAUUGCUUAAUGAAAUUGUAGUGACACUGUUUAACUUGGAUAUGUAUAAUUAAUGUUCUAUACUUUUUAAAAUAAUCUCUCUCAAUGCAAUUUCUAUGUAUCGAUAUAGACGCUUCUUUCUGUCAAACCAUAGGCCAUUCAUUGAGUUUAUCUCUUCUCGUUUUACCUUCCAAUAAAGUGUGUCACAUCGUGGCAUUUUCGCUGAUAACACUAAGAAAUAGAGAAUCAAAAAAAAUGAAGACCAACUUCAAAGUAUACUGAAUUGUUCUCCUAUCCUUUCCAAUCUACUUGCAAUCUGAGAAGGAGAGGAAGGAAAUAUGCUGCCCAUUAUUGUUGAGCUAAAACUUUCACAUCACAACAGCGACACAAACUUUUGAAACCGUCAGAAAUGCAUGAAAUUUUUAAUGCAGUGCAAAUUAAUGAAAUUUCUUGAAAUCCAUUGCAUUAGUAGACUUUGAUUUGAAGUUUUUGAAUACAAGAAUAAAACGAGAAAUGACAUGCCAUUGAGCGACAGCGGAGAAUAUUUGAGGAUAUUGGAGAAUACAAAGAUAAAAAAAACACGAUAAUAACCAUGAUAGAUCACUUUCUAAAGAGAAAAUGGAGCAACUUGAAAAAUUUUUACGGGCCUUUUUUAGAAUUUGUGACAAGAAAAUGCGAAAGAAAAUGCAACAGAACAACAACUGAUACAUUCGUACUUUGCCAUAAAGUAGUGUCUACAUAGUGGUUGAAUAAGAGAGGAGGAUAAAAGGAAAAUUUACCACAGCAAUCUGAUUGCCGUAUUAACUCUUUGAAACAGAAUUACAUUUUUGCCUGCAUCCAAGAUAUAAUGUAUAACGUAGUGUCUCCCACUUUCAAAAUGAAAUAUCAUCCACGUUUUCUAAUAACAUACAAGUCUUUCGAAUAUCAGUAACUUAUGCUAUUUACAGAAUAAUGUGAAGGAAGGAGAAGAAACUUUAAUGUAGAGUGUGUUUUAUACAUAAUAAUACAUAAAUUAUUCUAGUUAGUUGAUAAAAUGGAGAAGGAUUGACACGAAUUAUGUUCACCGUUCCUUUUCGCUCUUAAGUUAAGAUCCAACUGCAUUUCAAUUCAAUCUGUAAUGUUUCUCGUAAGUUUCACUUUAGGCAGAUAAUUUCACUACUUUUACUGUAUAUUUCAGUAGAAUUUUAGUUACUUUCAUCAAUUCAAUGGAAAACUAAAUAUAAUUCUAGAUCAUUUUUUGAUAGAAUAGAUUUUUAUUUUUAUUUAUAAUCUUACUUUUCAUCUAAACAAUCUUAUUAGUUUAGUUUAGUUUAUGAUCAUUUAGUUUUUAAUACAUUUUCAACCUCAUAGUGAGUUUCUGCGUUCUUUUAUUAUCGAGAAAAAAUAGUAGAUAAAGAGAAGUGUAACACAUAAAAUGACAAAAAGUAAUUGUGUAUGCAAUUAAUUAAUAAAAAAAAAAAAGAGAAAAUAGAUGCAUAAAUUGCAUGAUAAAAGUAAUAAAAAGAAGAUUUUUUAGUGUAGUCUAGUAGUAUUUAAAGGAAAAUAUAUUCUUUAAUUAACAGAAUCAUUAUAAUAUACAUGCAUAAAUGUGUAUAAAAUUUUUGACAGAGAUACUGAGAAAAGUAUUCAAAUUUGGCUGAAGGAUUUCAGUUGAAGGGACGUUUUCUAUCCAAAAAGAAGAAGAAGAUGAAAUGAAAUAUAAAAAAAGAAAGUCUAAUGAAAAAGUAUAAUUUAAGAAUUAAAAAUGAAGUAAAAAAAAUGAGAAAAGCCCCCCACUGGAGGGGGGAUAAAUUUGCUAAAUGAAGACUGAUAAUGAUGCUUGGAAGUUUCGAAGUGGUUUUAAAAUCUCGGAUUAAUUGGAAUUCUCAUUUUGUGUAAUAAUGAUGAAGAAACAAUGGAAAUCUUUAUAUAAAAGAGAGGAGAUCCCUUUAACUGAAGAUAGUGUCACGAAUUCAUUUGUAAGAAAUUUAAUUAUGAAAAUAUUAGGUGAAAAAAGUGUAUGUAACUAAAUUAAAUAUUGAUAAAUGUAUUUGUUAGUGAAUUAUAAAUAUGAAGGAAGAAAAAAAUAUUACAGACUAUGUAUAUCGCUGUACAAAGGUCCUGUCGUUAUUAUCCAUUCAAAAUGAAAAGAUGAUUCUUAGUCGUUUCGAAGACUGCAUUAACGCAAAUGUUUAUUUCUUAACUCUUACUUUAACGCAACGCUGCAACUUGUAUCACGAUCGGAUUGUCUCGAUGAGAUUGUCGUUUGAAGGGAAAAUAGAAGAAAAAAAAAACUGUCGAAGAUGUUCUAUGAAAUAGCGUCACAAACCCCGCCACAAAAUAAUGAUAAAGACAAACCCAAAGUGAAAUUAAUCAAUUGAGGAUGAACCGAAAUCAUAAUAUGAAAUCCAUCAGUGCAUUUUGUACAUUAUAUAAAUAUAUUGUAAUUUAUAUGUAUAAUAUAUUGUCAAAUGAGAAAAAAGUCAUUUUCACGCGCAUUUCUUUUCAUAUUGGGAUGAAUUUUUGAAAGACACGCAGCACAUCUGAAUGGCGAUUUAAAACCCUUUUUCUGAUCUCUAAACCAAAAGUGACAAAAAUAACUGCAUGUGGUCGAAAUCGCUAUUCAGAGCAUAGCUUCAAUAGCUACCCAUAUUUUCCAAAUAACCAAUAAGGCUUACGAAAAAAAAAAUUGACAAUGGAAGUUAAUCUGAUGAAAAGAAAAUAGGAAAAAGCCUCUCCCGAGAAGAAAUAGUCAUCUUGUAAAUAAAAUCAUUGCCCAUUUGAUCCAUUGAACACAUAAUUUAACGUAAAAAAAUGCAACCAACAAACUCAAUUAAACCCAUAAGCGAAGAUGAAAAUAUUUUGUAAAAUAUGUGAUUUUCUAAUACUUUCUACAGUUAGUUUUAAUUACUAUAAAUAAAAGGGAUAAUAGGAAAUUAGACAAAAAAUCAUGUCACGGAGCUUCUCCUAUGAUUUGAAAAACGUGAUAACCAAUUGACAUUUUUCCCAAGUUCAAGAGAGAAUCAGUGAAAAAGAAGUCUUUUGAGUGACGAAAGAGAGCAUAAUACUAUAAGAAGGAAAACAUUGGAUACGAUAUGACUUUAUUAUUAAAUUUAAUUGUAUUGUUUGCAGUGCUGUAUAGGAAAAAAGGAAACAUUAAAUUAUUUGACAUGAUUGUAAAUAUCUUAUUUGUAUUGUAUGUAAUUAAAAAAAAGGAAAAAAAGUCGAGAUGAAAAGAUAAACUGUUUUGUAUACAAAAAAUGAAUAUAUUUAUAUAUUGUUGCAAAAUUGAAACGAAAACCCACAGACAUAAUAAAAUUAGGACAAGUCAUGAACUAUGAAGAAAAAAAAAUUGAGAAAAUAUUGUACAGAGAAAUUGAGAAAAAAAUAACUUAAUCUGAUAAACUUUUAUGAAAAGCUCUCUGACAUUAUUUUUAGUGUGUCUGAUUGAUAAAGAAAAAGUCAAACACGUGUAAAAAUUAUUUUAUAUAUUUUUUAAAAGAAGCAUAAAAUGAACUAUUUUGGUAAAUAAUAAACUCCUGAAAUGACUGUGUAUAGAAGAAAUUGUAUUUAAGAUGGAAAACCCUAUCAGAUCCGGAUAAAAAGCACAGAACGAUUAUGAUGAAAAAAAAACGACAAAAAUUUAACUUCGAAGCGACAAUGGAUGAUGAUAACAGCCAGUAAGGAAAAAAAUGGUGUGAAGCGAAUUAAAUGGAAUGGAGAAGAACUUUUCUUGGGGGUAAUAAUGACAGAUAUUUACGAUGUAAUUUGUUUAAAGUAAUCACGAUUAUAAAGAAUAUAAAUAUAUAUACCUAAACAGAAUAUGAAUAUUACGUGAAUAUAUUAAAGAGUAAAAUGUAUUUAAAAAUGAAAGAAAAAAAAUUGAGUAAAAAUGAUCAUAAUAUUAAAAAAAAA